AUGGAUAAAAAAAAUCAAAAUGAAAAAUCUCAGUCUUAUACUUCUGAUCUUGACCCUUCUUAUGAGGAGAUGUUUGCUAUUCCGGAAGUGAAAAAGCACCCUGUUAUCCGAAUUGCGGGUGCCCCCAUGAUACUGAAUGUAAAUGUGUGA